UGGACGCCGACACGAGAUGAAACCCACGGCCUGAAUGGCAACUUUUCGUCCCAUUUUAUGACGAGUGCGAACAUUUUGUUAAUCUAAGCACCAUGGAGGAACCCAAGAAAUCGAAACUAUUCAUUAAUUCCGCUAUUGAGCUGAAGGAUGAGCUCGAAGAGAAAAUGGAGAAAGGUUUUGAGUUUGUUGCAAAGGUAAUGGGUAGCUUGUCUGAGAGAGAAGUUCAUGAUUCAUUGAAUGCAGCGGUGUGUAAAGGUAUGAAGGAACAUGAGGAUAUCACUUUAGGGCUACUCUACAGUAUUCUUACUAACCCUGCCACAGCUCCAAAGACAUAUCGAGACUUGGCACUGAUUUCAAGAGAUGGACUGUCACUGGCUUGGAACAAGUUGAAUCAGAUUGUUGUUGAUAAGUACACAAAACUUCAAGAUGGUGCCAGGACACAGCUCGUGUGGGUAACCAAGGAGAUGGUGAAGAAUUCAGUGACAGGUGUUGUCAACGUUUGCUCUUCGCUAAUCAAGCAAAUUGCUGGUGGUGACAUCACUCCUAAGAAUGUCUCGCUGGCUGAGGCAAUGCUGGAUCUCUUCACAGAAAAUAAAGCAUGGUUGGACAAGUACCCUGUCUUAAUGGCCAUGGUUUUGUACACAUAUCUACGAAUCAUUGAAGACCACAGCUUACAGAUGUUUGCCAACCUCCGACAGAGAGAAGUGGAUUUUUGUAUUGGUCUACUGAGGUCAAAGUUUAUGGAAUGCUGCAGAAUAGGUCGAGACUUGUUAAGAUUACUACAGAAUGUUGCCAGAAUACCAGAAUUUGAGAAACUGUGGAAGGACAUGAUGCACAGACCACAGUCUUUGACUCCACAGUUCACAGGCGUAGCUCAGCUCAUGAACCAGAGAACAUCUCCCAAAUACCUGGCGUGCCGUCUCACUCCAGAGAUGGAGAAGAAAAUCAUAUUCCUCACAUCCAAGGUUCGGUUUGGACAACAGAAAAGAUAUCAAGAUUGGUUCCAGAAGCAAUAUCUAUCCACUCCUGAGAGCCAAUCACUUCGCUGUGAUUUGAUUCGGUACAUCUGUUGUACGGUCCACCCAUCCAAUGAGGUACUGUGCUCUGACAUCAUCCAACGCUGGGCUGUCAUUGGCUGGCUACUCACCACAUGCACAUCCAAUGCCGCAGCGUCAUGUGCCAAGCUAGCACUGUUCUAUGAUUGGCUACUCUUUAAUCCAUCAAGAGGCAAUAUAAUGGAUAUCGAGCCUGCCAUUCUUGUUAUGCAUCAUUCUAUGAGAUCGCAUCCAGCCAUCACCGCAACCCUGUUAGACUUCCUCUGCAGAAUAAUUCCGAAUUUUUAUCCUCCGAUGGAGCAACAGAUCAGACAAGGUGUCAUGUCUGCCCUAAGAUUUCUCCUAGAGAAGAAAGUGUUACAGUCGCUGGCUCCGCUCUUUGACAAUCCUAAGCUGGACCGUGAGCUGAGAGCAAUGACCAAAGACAUGUUUGCUGAGUUCUGCACACCCAUACCCACCACACCCACCGCCUCUGCCACGCCCAUGUUAGCAUUGCCACCAGAAGAUGGGAAAUCCGAACCAGAGUCUGCAAACAAUGAUCACGGUCCAAUCCAGAGACUUCCAUCGGAAGAUGCAACAUUCAGUGAUGAAGAAGAUGAAGACAGAUCAUUGAGGCAACGUAACCAAGAUGCGGCAGUCUUUCGACCCAUCAAGCAAGAGGAGGAGGUAGACCUUGACAUGUACUUGGAUCAAUUAGACGGAGAGAUUAAGGAGAUGUGCUCCAUCUUGCAGAGUCAGAGGGAUUCUGAUAUUGAGACACAGUGUGAAACAAUGGAGAACCUUUGUAGUGUUAUUUUAGAAAUGGAUGAUUUUGACAGUGAUGUAGCUGGGCCAUUGGCAAUGUUCCUCUGUAGUUUGUAUAAACGUGACAUUACAGGUGUAACGCUACCAGAUGAAAUCACAGAUGAAACAAUGGAAGACUCACUUGGCAAACCAAUCUAUGUUAUAUUUAGGAAUCUGAGUGCAGAUGCUGAACAGGAUUCAUGUCCAUUACAACUUCUGACGUUAGUUUGUGUGAUGUACGAGAAACAAGUCCAGAUAGGCUACAACUUGCUCUAUUUCUUACAUGCAAGUAGCAAACAAGGCGAGAGAAGAUUACACAUGUAUGAAGAAGCCUGUAAGAAUACGGGCAUGGGUGACCUGACGGCGUGUUUGGUCCGAGACUUUAAGGCUUGCGCAGAGGAAGAUGUUGGCCUCAUGUGUUACCUUGUCGCUCCAGUCUACACAAUGUUCUGUGAUGCUGCUAUGGAGAGCACAGAACUACUACAUACAAUAGUGUCAUGUGUAGACUCUGCUCAGUUACAAGAUUUGAUCUGUGAUGUCAUGCAAGGCAACCUGCAACUGUUUAAGAAGGACAAUAUUGCUAAAGUCUUGGAGGCUACAUUAGAGUGGGAAACCUUUGAGCAAUACUGUGUUUGGCAACUGCUUCUUGCUCAUGAUUUGGAUGUGGAUCAGUUCGUCUCAGUCAUUCCCAAACUCACCUAUAAAGAUCAUCCUGAAGCAAUGGCAAACCUUCUACUUAUGUUGAAACUAGAACGAAUAUCUCUGGACCUGUUGAAACCUUUGAUGUCACGACCAUGUAAGGAUGGUGAUAGGUUCACCUCUUCAAUCUUGAGCUACUGGGCCGUCCAAGAUGAACAGCAUCUGGCCGACCUCAUCAAGACGUUACUAGUUCGAGCAACCACAUCAGCUAAGAGAUUUCGACAAAGACAAACUAGCAAGCCAUCCAACAUCCCCUCACUGGAUCAGGUUCUGGGCCAUCUUGAAGCGUUACGACAAACCACAGCCAUCAAACAAUCAAUGUUUUUCAGCCAGGAAGCUGUCUUACAUGGACUACAGACAGUGCAGAGUGCCUGUACAGAUGCCCAGAAAAUGAAAUACAGCGAUUUGUUUGGCCUGACGGAAGACUUAGAUGAUAUGUCUUCCCGGACGACACGAAGCCGAGUUACCAGGAGGUCACCGGGCGCGAGCAGUCCCAAGAACCGGAAAGCACCUCAAAAUGAUGUGGAAUCAUCCUCUGAAUCAGAUCAGGAUGAUGAUAUUUCAAGCAGUAAACCCAAACCAGCAAAGAAGAGGAAAAAGUCCAACGCCUUGGGGGGUUCUGACAGUGAUUGAGACUCAGUCGCUGGGAUGUUGAAAAGAUUGCUUUUUUAAUAUUCGGUUACAGACAACAGAUGAAUUAGUCAUGGCUUGUACUCCGAAAACCUCACUGCAAAAAAAGCAAUUCACGGAUUUCUUUGAUAACCUUUCAGCUUGAAUGAAAAUGAUGAUUAACAGUAAUUAUUGUUGUCAUUUGCCGUGAGACAUCCAAAACUUAUUCUUUUUCCCUGUCAAAAUCAUUUAAUGUUCACAAAUUUUGUUUCACUUAAUUUCCGUUAUAUGUUUGACAUUUACAAUUCCUCUCAAGCAUUCUUUUUAAAAAAUUAUGGCUCUGUAAAAGAAUGGCCCAUAUGACUAUUAACAAUGAGUUUAAAUGUAUAUCAGAAUUUUUUCAGCAUAUUUUUUGGACAUUGUAAGUUCACAGAGUUUCUCAUUUUGCCAAUUACAUGUAGUUGGCCAGACUUGUUCCUCUUCAAACAUUUUCUUGUUUGCAGAUAUUUUCUCAGACAUUGCUUUAUUCAUCAUCGACUUUUAAAAGCUUGUCUACCAUCUUCCUUAAUCCUGACGGUUUGUAAUCAAUUUUCCCUCUUAUAGAACUUGAUUGGUAUUGUUUUAUAUAAUAGAUUUUAUUGGAUAUGACCAAAUACUGAUUUGGAAGAUGCCUUUUGGCAGAAUUUUCAAGUUUCCAGCAGUGUUAGAUCAACUCUUACCAAACCUUAGUGGUGAGUGGAAGCAGACUGUCAUUUUAUAAACAUGAGUAAAUGAAAUUUGUACAUUGUGUAAAAAUGUAAAUAUGUUGUUAAAAACUCACUUGUGUAUGCAAAGGAGGGAGGCUAACUCCUAUGUAAAGUGUACAUCUUUUCACCAUGGUUUGUGUUGAUGAUUGAGAAAAAAAUGUGGUGGAACAAAUCUAA